ACUGGAUUAUUUGUACAAAGCACACUAUUCCUAAACCACUUUGGGGAAAAGGAAAAGAGUAGUUAAGCCUUUAUUUAAAAAACAUAGAAAUAGUGCAGCUGUUUGAGAGAGGUGUCAGAGUUGUUGCAAAAUGGCACACACAAUUGCUUCUCCGAGAACCUUUCUCUUUGACGAAGAGGAGGCUCCAGUUUUUGAAUCAACGGCUGCUGAGUUUGGUUCAGGAGUUCGCAAAGGACUCCUUUCAGACUUCUCUGUCAUCUCCCCUGGAGAAGGCAACACACACAAUGUAAAGGCAGCAGAAGUGACUCGGGCAUCUUCAGAGGACUGCAGCGAGAAAGUGAAAAUCUACCUCCGCGUGCGACCCUUUACUGACCCUGAGCAGGAGAAGGGGGAAGACCAGGGAUGUGUGUUUAUUGAGAACUCGGCGACCCUUCUCCUACAUGCGCCAAAGGACUCGUUCACAAUGAAGAACACGGAGCGCGGGAUUGGACAGUCCGUGCACAAAUUCACCUUCUCGCAGAUUUUAGGUCCAGAGACAACCCAGAAGCAGUUCUUUGAUGCUACAAUGAAGGAGGUGGUAAAAGAUGUGCUGGAGGGGGAGAACAGACUCGUUUACACCUAUGGAAUCACAAACUCUGGAAAGACCUACACCAUACAAGGUACCAAUCGUGAUGGUGGGGUUCUUCCCCGUUCCCUGUCUGUUGUAUUCAAUAGUAUCCAGGGGAAGCUGUAUAGUGGGGUGGACCUGAAACCUUCCCUGUGCAAUGAGGUCAUCUGGCUGGAUAGCAAGCAAGUCAUGCAAGAAGAGUUAAAGAAAUCUGCAUUUCUAAAAGAGGAUGAGAUUCAGACCCCUAUGAAGAAAAGUGACAGUGGCAGUUUCAGAUCCAGGUUUGGUACCAGCAGCUUUGACAGUGGCAUCGGAUUCUCUGCUGCUAGCCAACUAAAUAGUCAACUUCACAGCCAACUGGAAGAUUCUGGCAGCCGUUGUAAAGAUCCUGACGUGGUGGAGAUAAGAGAUGAGGGCUGCGUCCAGUACUCUGUGUGGGUCUCUUUCUUUGAGAUUUACAAUGAAUUUCUCUAUGACCUGCUCGAUACGGUCCCCUCUAACCAGAACCGUAAGAGACAGACUCUGAGACUGUGUGAGGACAAGUACGGGAACCCCUAUGUCAAAGAUUUGAACUGGAUCAAUGUGAGCAGUGCAGAGGAUGCGUGGAAGGUGUUGAAAGUGGGCAGGAAGAACCAGAGUUUUGCCAGCACCAACCUGAACCACUGCUCCAGCAGAAGUCAUAGCAUCUUCUCUAUUCGAAUUCUGCACAUUAAUGGUGAUCCUGAAUCUGACUUGGUUCCCAAAAUCAGCGAGUUGUCUCUGUGUGAUCUGGCCGGCUCUGAAAGAUGCAAAGAACAGAAAAGUGGAGACAGGAUGAAAGAAGCCAACAACAUCAACACUUCCCUGCACACCCUCGGCCGCUGCAUUGCAGCGCUGAGGCAGAACCAGCAGCACAAGACUAAACAAAACAUGGUUCCGUUCAGAGACAGCAAGCUGACGCGGGUGUUCCAGGGGUUUUUCUGCGGGCGUGGGAAGUCCUGCAUGAUCGUCAAUAUUAACCAGUGUGCCUCCAUGUAUGACGAGACUCUGCAGGCCUUGAAGUUUUCUGCUAUUGCCACCCAGCUUGUACAUGCUCCACCUUCCAAAACUAGAGUUGCUUACAUACAGUCCCUGCUCCGGGAACAUGGCAUGCGAACCAAUGACAGCCUGGCUGAGGACGAGGAGGCGGGGCAAGGUGAAGAGAGUGACGAUGAAGGAGAUGUCACUAUGUUUGACACAGAUUCCCUCCUAAAUGCAAUUGAAGUUCUGAAGGAAAACCUAAUCAAAGAGAAACAGGAGAAGUUGUCCCUGGAGUUCAAUAUACGGGAACAAGUGUUUAAUGAAAUGAUGGAGCACAUAAACGAGAGGGAAAACCAGUUCAGUGAGAUUCUUGAAAAUGAGAAGGAAAUGAUGGAAGGGAGAUAUGAAAACAAAAUCCAAAACCUCCAGGAGUCUUUGAAGAAAUAUUACCAACAAGAAAUUCAGGAGAGGGACAAUAGGAUUGAGGAGCUGAUGGCUGUUCUGCAGGAUCCAUCGAAGGAGUCCAAACUGGAGCAGUCUUUCCUUGACGGGUCCCAGCACGAAUCCCCCUGUGGAGUAAGGAGGUCAAAGAGGAUUGCCAGCAGUACCGUGGAUCGGAGGAAAACCAACAUAGAGCUGGAGCUAGUCAAAGCUGAGCUGCAGGAAAAAAAUAAGGAACUGAAGGCAUUUCAGGAAUUGGUAACGCUGCCCCAUUCUGCAAGUGCCCUGACUUCAGCUGUGGACAGAAAACUGGAAGAAGGGCAGAAGAGCAUCAGAACAUUGCGCUCGGAACUCCAGAAGCUGGGCGAGUCUCUCCAGUCAGCUGAGAGAGCCUGCUGUAGAAACACCAGUGCAGAGAAACUUCGACACACCCUCAACACCUGUGAUGAGAUACUACUCAAACAGGACCAGACCUUGGCUGAGCUUCAGAAUAACAUGACCCUGGUGAAGAUGGACCUGAAGAAGAAGACUGUCUGCAUUGCUGAGCAGCAGCACACUGUCCAUGCCCUGAAAGAGCAGCCCAACUCCUGCAAGAAGCGGGGGGGUGCCAACAUUGAAAAUCAGCAACCGGAAAAGAGAUCCUUCCUUCGGACCAUCCUCAAUACACCACUGCGACAGCAACUCGCACCUGCUGCCACCAACAGUCCUUACAGCUGCCUCAUGCUGUCCAGGCAGAAUCCACCUCGGACCACGCCCAGCAAAUACAGAAUGAAAUAUUAACCUCUCCAGGUUCUAAGGUUUUUGAUAUAUGCAAUAAGGUCUGGAUCUGUUUUAAUAUGCUUUUUUUCCUUCCCUCCAAAGAAUUUAGAAUAUUACAUUUCUAGACCAAAGUUUUUGCUGCUUUUUACAUUUCUUUCUUUUUUUAAAACGUGCAGCACCUUAGUGCUUCAGAGGAGGGAAAAUCUGAAACAUUAAGAGCAAUUAUUUGCUUGGUAAUGGAGUAGUACUUUUGAUUUCCUACUGCUUUUCUAAGGUUUAUUUUAGGAAGUUGGGAGAUUUAAGUAUUAAGCAAUACUCACUGGUUUAUAAUUAGUAAUCUCACGGAGUGCCUUUUCUAUUGGUUUGUUUUUUUGUUUUUGUUUUUUUUUACCAUCUUCAGUUAAAUUCUCAGUUCGGCUGCAUGAGGUAGGCAUUUAUAAUCUUGCAUAAUAGUUGUGUUUUUAGUUGCAUGUCCUAGAAGACCAGAAAAUGUUUAACAUCAAAAUGUAAACUACUGGAGAGAUGUCCAUAUCCAUGCAACUAAAAGAAAUUCAGUACUAUGUUUACUCACUGUAGUAGCAUGAAGCUAAGUGCUGAACUGUUUUGUAUAUACGUUUUCCUGUCUCAGCUUCUGUAAAACUGUACUAUCCUGUCUAUGCCCUGUAUUGAUUUAUUAUGCAAUAUCUAAUGCAUGUAAAAUAUACAUUUAUAAAAAUAACAAACCAACAUGGUUUUCGAAAAUUAUCCUGCGUCUGUAUUUGGCAAAGUUACAUAAUGGAGUCUGGGUUAACGCUAACUUU